CGGAUUUUGUCGUGUUUGUGUUGUAGUUGAACGCUCACGCUCAGUUGAAAGAUACGAGAAACGAUUGAUUUAGUGACUUUAGUUAAUUUGUGCUUUAUUUUUGGAUUAUUUUGUUUUUUGUGCUGGAUAUGCCCGUUAUGAUGGCUAAGAAUUACUCACAUUGUCCUUUGAAGAAAAGGCCGAUCGUCUUUGACGAUAUACCUGAAGAACCUGAGAACCUUUCUACAAAACCAGAAGAUCUAAGCCGGACAGGUCGUCUAGCUUCAGUAUCUCCUCCAUCAUCACCCACUUUAUCAGCAUCAGCUUCUCCACCAUCGUCAGUACCAGAUUCUCCACCUUCAUCACCACCAAUGUCAUCCCCAUCGCCGACGCACUUUAUGUACCAACCACCGAUUAAGGUAGAACCGCUGAGGGAGUACCCUGUGCCAAUUAGUCCCGAAUACGCACCUCAAACCUGGCAUAGAAGUGUGGCACCUAUGUACCAUCCAGCCUACCAUCCGUACAUGUAUCCAUACCACGAGAAUAUGUAUAUGGGACCAGCUUCUCCCUACAGUGAUAGCUCUUUGUCGCCUCCACACCAGAUGCAGCAACCGCUCCAGCCACUUGCCUUGAGACCCACCGUUUAUUCAUCGAUGGACCAGAACAGUUUAAGUCCAAAUAGUUCUACGACGUCACCUCCACCUCAAACAGUACCUUCCGCUGAAGAUUUAUCAGAAAAACGAAGAGCUGGCGUGAGGCAUCAAUGUCCCGAUUGUGGAAAAAGCUACUCUACCUUCUCUGGUUUAUCGAAACACAGACAGUUCCACUGUGCAGCUGGAGAUGGCCCCAAAAAGUCGUUCAGCUGUAAAUACUGUGAAAAAGUAUACGUGUCCUUAGGAGCUUUAAAAAUGCACAUCAGAACACACACCUUACCAUGCAAAUGCACCAUCUGUGGCAAAGCUUUCUCCAGGCCAUGGUUGCUACAAGGCCACAUCAGGACACACACUGGAGAAAAACCUUUCUCCUGUACAUACUGCAACAGAGCCUUCGCCGACAGGUCCAAUCUCAGGGCUCACUUGCAGACCCACUCAGACAUCAAGAAAUAUUCCUGUAAUACCUGCAGCAAGACCUUUUCCAGGAUGUCGCUGCUAACCAAACACACAGAGGGCGGCUGUACCCUCAUGCACUUGGAAAAGAUGUGUUGAAACUGUUUUCGUUACAAAUUUUUUAAACAUUCCUUACAGUAUUGUGGGUGCCUUUUGAAAAAAGACUGAUUUUUGAUCUUCACGGUGUACAAAUUCGAAUUAUUAGUAUUACGGGAAUCUAAUAUAUUAUUUUUUGUAUAUACUUUUGUGAAAAGAUAUUUUUCUAGUCAAAAGGAGUGUUCUAACUUCUUUAUGUUAUAUUGCCAUUGUAUAGUGCCUUAAUUUUAGUCUUUUUGAACCUAUACAGAUUUUAUUAUAUUAAAUAAACAAG